AAAAAAAAAAAACGACAACAACAACAACAAAAAAACCCUUCUAUGUCUUCAUCAGCUCUGAAAAUCAAAAGAGAUGUCUGUUGAUGAGGAUACAGCAAAAAUGGGCAGUCCACAGCCUAGCUCGACGUCAUCUCUGCAGCUCACGGAUUGUCCUGGAGGUUACGGUGGUGUGUCUGUGAUGAUGGAGGAAACUGCAGCUACCCCUGACUUUGCAGCUGCUUGCCCUCUUCUGGGCACUGCUGCCUCGCCAAAACACACCAGCACAACUGAUGCGCUCACCCUCGCAGACAAUGCUGGACAGAGAGCCAGAGGGAACGAGAAUAGCAUCAAUCGCAGAAAUAGCUUUCAUCAUUCCAAACAACAACAACAACAACAGCAACAACAAACGAAGCUAACAAAGCGGCGCUACACAGCAAAUUCUAGUUUCAAGCAUCCUUCAUCUGGCAAACGGCGACGAAGGGCCAACUCUGAGAGCGAUUCUGUCCUGCCUACCAACUUCCUCUUGGGUGGGAACAUUUUUGACCCGCUGAAUCUCAACAGCCUGCUGGAUGAGGAGGUCAACAAGGCGCUGAAUGCAGAGACUCCCAAAUCCUCUCCGCUGCCAGCAAAAAGUCGAGACCCUGUGGAGAUCCUCAUCCCCAGGGACAUCACAGACCCACUAAACCUGAACAGUGGGAUAGCUGACAGCAGCUUUUUGGCUUCUCCCUUCAAGAGUGGAGGAAGGAAGAGACACCGCAACAGGCACCAUGGGGGUGGAGGUGGGAGUGGUGGCGGUAUUGGGAUUUCAGCCACACAAAUGAACCUCUCAGAAUCAGGAAAAAGUGAAGUUAAAAUAGGUCCUUCUGUACCUCUUCAAGGUACCUUAGCCUCAUGUUCUGCACUAGAAUCCAACAACGAAUCCGGUAGUGUUUCUAGUGUCAUGGCAGAGUCCCACGAGCACACAGAUUGCAGCUCAGCAAGCUGCAAGGAGGAGAUGCCGCCUGCAUCCGUGGAGGAUUCCACUUUAGGGGCACCGUACCAGCACACAAGUAGACGCAAGCGAAGGCGCAACUCGGGCAAAAUGGAGCCCCCUGUCACCCAUUCUACUCCAAUUGGCAAGUCGGGACCUGGAGACAGGCAUUUUGGUGCAGGGGGAGCAAGAAAUUCCUUUCACACACCAAAAUCUGGUUCCAAAAUAGGCCCUGGAAUACGCCAGCACCAGCAGCCCCACUCUCAUACAAAGGAACAGCAGAAGAAGUUCCAGUAUGGGAAUUACAACAAGUAUUAUGGAUACCGCAACCCGGGCUGCAGUGAAGACCCUCGUUUACGUCUGCUUCGUCCCGAGUGGUUUAGAGGUAAAGAAGUACUGGAUUUAGGGUGCAACUCAGGCCAUGUAACACUCUAUAUCGCCAAAAUGCUAAGACCCGCCCGCAUAUUGGGCCUAGACAUUGACAGUGGUCUGAUACAUGCAGCUCGUAAAAACAUAAGACAUUAUCUGUCUGAGCUGCAGACCCAAGAGGCCAGGCGAGCAAUGCAGGGCAAAAAGACUAGUAAACAGGAGGAGACAAAUGGAAACGCGAGUCACACGGGCACAGAAAAAGAGCACAAUGAAGCCGAGAGCAGGGACGAAAAUGGGAAACCUGUGAAAGGAGAAAGUGGCCCUGCAGAUGCUGGAAAUGACAAUGAGUCGUGUCACACGGAUGAGAUGGAGACCCAGAGGCAGGGCAGCAAAACAGAGGAAAUGGAGCAAGAAGACUGUGAUUCACCCCCCGCUGAUCACUCUGAGAGCUGCUCUUUUCCUGUAUCCCUACGGAUCUCCAGGGGUCCCAUUGCUGCACCCCCGCUAACACAAACAUCCACGGUGCAGCCUGGGGAGUUCCCUUCAAAUGUGUCCUUCGUCAAGGCUAAUUAUGUACUAGAGAACGAUAAUCUUCUUUUGACUCAGCGGCCAGAAUAUGAUGUGAUUCUGUGUUUGAGCGUCACUAAAUGGGUUCACCUGAACUGGGGAGACAGUGGCCUCAAGCGGCUCUUUAAGAGGGUCUACAGACAUCUCCGUCAUGGGGGCCUUUUCAUCCUGGAGCCACAGCCCUGGGAGUCCUACGUGAGGAGAAAGAAACUAACUGAUAAUAUUAGCAGGAAUUAUCACAGCAUCCGUCUCAAACCUGACCUGUUUUCGUCAUAUCUUACAACUGAAGUGGGCUUCAGCAGUUUUGAAUACAUUGGGCCCCCCAAGUGUUCAGUAAGAGGUUUUCAGAGGCCAAUCUAUGUAUUUCACAAAUGACUGCGCCUGCCUUGAACAUCAUUGAAUGUGAGUAGCCCUCAACCACCAUCAUACGUUCAAGCCAGCCAUCUACACUGGACUACAAGGAACAAUCUGAAACCUUGAAACCGUUACUCCGGCUUUUGAUGCUGAAGAUGAAAAACAGAAAGGAAAAUGGGACCAAAAGUGGAAUUACAUUUUUUUAAGGAUGCAGACUGUCAAAGAGAAAGAUGUUAAAGUCGUCUGUGACUAGAAAUUAUUAAAAGUGUGGAGUAAACUCGGAUAGGACUCCAUGUGUAACCUGGAACCAAAACUCCUAGUUUGGCCAGAGUGUGGAAGAGGUGUUCAUCUGCUCAGAUUUCCAUGGACUACUACUAGUGGUAUUGAUGCCCCAGUUUGAUCCAUGGCCAUAACUUGGGUUGGAAUAUCUUGGGCCAUAUCUUUACUUUCAGGAAGUUAUUCUGUGCCACCAUAUUUCUAUAUCUUUUACAUAUUAGGAUUGGACGAUGGGAAGUCUUAUCCAAUUGGUCGCAAUCACCAUUUUUAACAGGUGAUAGAUGUUAUAUUCAUCAACUGUAUGUUGCGUAAGCAAAGCUGCACUAUAAUGCAUACAAAGCCAUUGAAGAGAUGAUAUUAAAUCUUUUGAAAAGUAAAGUGUUUUAUGCUGUGCAAGACACUGCGCACAAUACUUGUGAAUGUAGCCCCCCACUGUAACUACUGAAGACUUAGAAAUCCUGCCUUACCUGUUAAAUAUAUGUUUAAUGCUCUUGCAGCAGCCAUAUAAGCGCACAUUUGUUUGUGAUGAUUAAAACAGUUAAACACGGUCAGUCACUGAGACAGUUUAACACUAAUGGCCUAUGUAUUUGUCCCAUCUUCCAAACCUAAUGCGCACCUUGUUCUUGCCUUUUUAAAAAAAAAAAAAUUAGCUGAAUUUUGCUGAAUUAGCUUUCAUACAUGUUAAAUAGUGCUCAAAAUUUCUUCAUAUUUUGAAUACGACGUCAGAAAAAGCACCUACAUCACACAAAGACCUUAACAAGUGGAAAGUGGGGUGUCUGAAUAAAUAGAAAUAUAAUGAGGCACAAUGGGGAAAGGUUUGCUAAACGGCCAAAAUAGCAUCCAGUUAAAUUUGAACUGAGAUGGCGUGACAUCCAGUUAUAUUAUUCAGCCCACAAGGACUAUUUUAAGUAGAUCUGUAGCAGGCAGCCACCUUUUUUUUUUUUUUUUUUUUCUUUCUUAAACAGUUAAGCCAUAGCCAUACCUUAUCUGCUCUCUCCAGUGUCCUUCAUGAGGUGCUGACUGAUACAACUGAGCGUAAAAUUGAGGCAAAGGCGAUUUGAGGCCCUGUAGUGUCUUCAGUCCUGUAUAAAUCAGAGAAAUUCUACUUUGUGGGUCUGUUCUCAUGCUCAUCCAGUAGUCCCUUGAGCCCCGUGUUGAUUUCUAGUUAUUCUAUAUAUGUAAGCAUAAACAAAAUAAUACUGGAAAAUGAAUUGUUGCUUUAAUAUUGUUUUUUUGUUUGCUUUUUUUAAACCAAAUUUCAGUAUGACUAUGCUUUUUGUUUUGACGAACUUCCAUUUUUUUCUGUAUUUUAUUUAAUUUAUUUUAUUUUUUUCCUGUCAUUCUGUUGGGGCAGAUCACACCCUCACUGCUUUUAAUCUUUGACCAAUAGGGCCUGUUCAGUGUUUCCCAGAGAUCUGGGUUCUGUUUGUGAUGAUGUUGGGGAUGGGUGUCGGGUGGCAGCAUUCAAAAGAAGCUACACACAUUUUGCCAAUGUGCUUCUCAGUAAAUAUUUUAAUUGACCAAGCAUGUCCUGACAAAUAAAUAGCAGACCAUCUCCAGUGAAUCCAUUGUCUUAUAAAUGAGCCUUUGACUGCCUUGCUAGCUUGCAGCAGGAGAACAAUGACUACUUUCCUCAUCCCCACCAAGACAGUGUUGAUGGAGCCUGAGAGGCUCAAGCAGCUGAAUGAUAUGGAAGGCCAUUAAAACAGAGACUUGGCUAUCAAGUCGGAUGGAGGGGAAAUACAAGAAGGCAGCGGCUAGCUAGUUUACUUGUAACUUGGCUUUUAAAAUUGACGACUGUUGACUGUUGACGAUUAAUUUAGACUAUUAUAAAAAGCUUGUGAUCUCUUGAGUGGGUGGGGAAAAAAAUAAAUGCUAAAAAGAGUCCUCAAAUAUACAUCAUUGACCUGCCCAAGUAAUGAGUAUGUGGUGGGAAAUACUGGAGUUACAGGUAUUCCUUGUGUUUGCAUUUUUAAUUGGUUCCCACUGAGCACCACCCAUCUGCAACCUUUCGUUGGAAGAGGCUGGCACAGAAAAUCUUCCUUUCAUGUGGCUGGUUCCGUUACGGGUGCGAUAGGGCAGGCGAUGAUGGACGAUAUGUUUCUGUUUUAAGUGAUCAAUGUAAAUAAGUUUGCAGAUUUUGUUCAUAAUGGCCUGAGUCAUUUUACAGUGUUUUAUGGUUUUCUUUUGUUCUUUUAUAAUGUUUGCUGCCAAUUUACAAGUGAGUCACAGUUUUUUGUUUUUUUUUUUCUUCUUUUUUGGGGGUCUUUUGUCUGGGGAAAAAAAGACCGGUAGCUUUGUAUCUACAAAAAAGUAUGUACUUUGCAGAGUUCAAAUUUUUAUUUUGCAUUGUUCUGCCCUGGCAGGCACAUUUAUUGUUAGGCAAGUUGUUUGUUUGUUUUUCUUUUUUUAUAAAUUGUUUGAAAAGAU